AUCUAAAUCACAUGAAUUAAGAAAGUAUAACAAAUACCAUUGUUUUCUCAACAGGUGCUAUGGUUAUAGACUUUACUAAUUUAAAUGCAGAGGAAAUUUUUAAUUUAAUAUAUAUCUAGAGAGAAAAAGUAGAAACGUAUUUAUUCAAAAAAUUAAUAAUAGAGCUGUUUUGAACAGAUUAAUUCAAGAGUAUCUUGAGUAAAAAGAGGAAUUACACAAACUAAAACAAAAUAUCUAAUUAGAGUAAUAAAAAUUUCAAAUUUACAAUAUAGAAAAUAUUGAUCCCUCUUUGGACAAUUAAAAUAGCACAACUUCGCUCAAAAAAAAUUUAUAUCAAAUUAGGAAUCAUACAUCAUAAACUUAUAAUAAAACUCAAGGCUCAAAUGAAAAUUUAAUAUUCCCAAAACAUCGAAAAAGAAUUCAAACUUAAAAAGGUAAAACUAAAGAAAAAGUUUAGAAGAAGAAUUUAGAUAAACUACAAAAUUAAAGUCAAAUUUAAACUAUAUUUUAAAAUAGAGUAAAUUUAAAUGAACAACUAAAUUAAAGAUAAAAUCAAUCUAUAUGUAAACAAAACUAUUCUAAUCAUAGCACAAUUUAAAAAUUUAUAAAAGCUAGUGGAAGAUUAAAUUCAAAAUUUAAAACCAACUUUAAGAUCUGAGAAUAUUUAUGGAUAUCCUGAGAUUGAUCAACAAGAUAUUUUAUAAUACAGGUUAGAUAUAAAUAACAUAAAAAAUGCGGCUUGCGUAGUUCAUUCUUAAUGGUAGGAAUUUGUAGAAUACAUUAAAUCGUAAUACAAGAGUGUAUAAUACAAAUAGCCUUGAAAAUUUAUUUUUUUUUAUUAUGGAU